ACUGACAAGCAGCGGUCGCCGUCGCCGAUCCGUUGCAGAGAGAUCCCAGAUCUCCAGAAACCGAAGACCGCCCCUCGAGGUCCCAGAUCUCAGGUCCCCAGCGAUCCGUACCGAUUCGAACCGUUCCGAACCGAUCCCGCGAUCCGUUCCGCGAGUGCCUCGUCUCACAUAUUUUUUUUUCAAUUUUUUUCCUCGUCCCGCAUCCUUUUGUGUGCAGUGUGCCGUCCAUACACAAUCGCUUCGAGCCACCUGAAUUUUUUUCGAGUGCCCUGUGCCGAGGAUAACCCACACCAGCAGCUGGCAUGAUGCUCCGAUUGACCCUGCUGGUCGCCUGCUGCCUCUGCGCCGCCCAGGCGGUGCUGCACGGCAAGGAUGUCAAGCGCCGCGAGGCGGGAUUCGACACCUACGGUCCGCCGCCACGCCCUGCCCCCCAGUAUGGUCCGCCCCCGCAGCAGCACGUGCCCCACCGGGAGUACGGCGUGCCGCAGCAGAUUCCCUUCCGGGAGUACGGACCCCCGGCCCUGAAGUACGGUCCACCCAAGCUCAACUUCCUGGGAGGAGGAGGCGGCGGCAGCGGCGGCGGAGGUAGCUCCCUGCACGAGCAGAUCAAGACCCACUUUGGAGUGCCCAAGCCCUUCUACGGACCCCCGCACAUCCAGCACAAGCCGGCGCAGCAGUACGGACCCCCACCCCCGAAACCGGCCCCCCAGUAUGGUCCUCCUCCCCAGCCGGCGCCACAGUACGGCCCACCCCCGAAGCCCGCUCCCCAGUACGGCCCACCACCACCGCAGUAUGGUCCACCUCCACCACUGAAGAUCCAGCACCGCCCGGCACCUCAGUACGGACCACCCAAGCCACAGUACGGACCACCUCCACCACCGCAGCUCCUGCCCUCGCCCCAUGCCGCGCCCCUCUUCAAGCCCGCCCAUCAGCCGGCCACCUCCUACGGACCCCCUGCCUCCGGCCCCCUGAACCUGCCGCCCAAGCAGAUCUUCGAUGCCCCUCCUCCGAACUAUGGACCUCCACCUCUACCCGUGGCCCUGCCCGGCAAUGGACCCGCCACCACGAUCAUCCUGACCAACGGAGGAGGACACUCGGGACCCAGUGGACCUAGUGGACCCAGUGGUCCUGGCCCUGUGAAGCAGGUGCAGAUCCAGAUCGACUCGUCCGGGCACACGCACAGUGUGAGUGGCUCCCAGGCGCCCUUCCACACGGCCUGCGAUGGCUGGAAGCCAAUCCCCGCGCCCAUUGGAGCCUACGUGGAGCAGAACCACAUCGAGACCCAGGGUGGCUACAGCCAGGUGAACCAGGGACAUGGGGGCUCCUUCGGAACCCAGUACAGCGGUGGCGCCGGAGUGGGUGUGGGAGCCUCUGGAAGCGGAGGCGGCAGCAUCAUCGACGGACUCUCAGAUGAGCAGCUGGUGGCCGUGGCCCUCCAAGGAGGCGGCGACGGAGCCCACCUGAUCACCGGACCCGAAGGCAACUCCAUCGAAGCGGAAGCUCUCCAGGCCGCCAUCGGCUCCCUGGAUGACUCGUACUCCAAGCCACCCUCGGACUCCUUUGCCCCCGGCUCGGUGCAUGCCCAGAAGUACCAGACCAUUGGUCACUCCGGAUCUUCUAGUGGAAACUACGGACCUCCUCCACCUCCCCCAAGUGGAAACUACGGACCCCCUCCACCACCGCCCAGUGGCAACUACGGACAUCCUCCACCACCGCCCAGUGGCAACUAUGGACCACCACCUCCUCAGUUUGCCGCCCUGACCAGCAACAGCCACUCUCACUCCCACUCCCAGUCCAAUGUGAACAUCCAGUAUGGUCCUCCCCCGCCAUCCGGCAAUCCCCAGCCCUUCCCGCAGCACGGAGCCGGCCAGCCCAACAAGCCGGUGGCCUACCGCCCACCCGUGCCCGCCGGCCUGCUGGAGUCCAUUGGCGCCACCGUGCAGCAUCUGGAUCAGUUCGGAGUGAAGCCGCCGCAGCAGCCAGCCACCUACAUUCCGCCCGCGGCCAACGAGAUUCCCGUGGCCGGGUCUGCUCCUCCGCCACUGCCCGCUCCGCAGGCUCUGUACCAGCCUCCUCCUCCUCCGCCUCCACAGCAGCCUGCUCCUCAGGUUAUCCUGCAGCAGCAGCUGCCCGCCCCACAGCCAGGACCCUCGUUCAUCCACCAGAACAAGUUCGGACCACCUGGACCACCGCCACCACCCGAGCCCCAGUACCUGCCACCUCCGCCGCCAGUGGCCAAUGUGCGUCCCCUGGGACCUCCGCCACCGCCUUCCCAGCAGUACCUGCCCUCGGCUCCUCCACCACCGCUCUUCUACCAGCAGCAGCAACAGCAGCAGCACCACCACCACUCGGAGAAUAGCUACAGUGCCUCGCAGUUCCACUCCCAGGGACUGCCCCUGCCCCAGCAGGCUCCCCGCUUCAACCUGCAGCAGGACCAGCAGUUCCAGCAGGGUCAGCAGGUCCAGCAGGUCCAGCAGUUCCAGCAGCAGCAGCAGCAGCCCAUCAUCAUCCACGACUGCGGACAUGGCCCCAACCUGGUGAGCAGCAAUGGCUACACGGUGCAGCAGCAGCAGGUGCAGCAGCAUCAGCAGCAGGUGCAGCACUUUGGCAGCGUGUCCGCCGCCUCGGCCGGAGCCUACAACGCCAUCUCGCAGAGCAUCCCGGUGGCCGAGCAGCACACCCAGCAGCUGGUCAGUGGGCCCGGCGACAGCUACGGUCCGCCGCCCUCGGGCAACGACCUGGACUUCGACCACACCGGCUACGCCUCGCAGAAGAACGCGGUGGCCGCCCUGCCCGACGGCACUGAUCCCCAGCAGCUGCCCGGCCUGGAUGGCCUCGAUGUGCUGUCCGCCACGAAGUCGCAGAGCAUCCAGCUGAACGGGCAGCAGCCCACGCAGAACUUCCAGGUGCAGUUCGGGGGCUCGCUGAACAAUGCCCCCGGCGUGUCCAGCGGCGAUGCCAACCACGAGGAGAUCCUCUCGCAGGGCCUGCUGCAGUCCAUCCUCACGGCCAUCGAGCAGCCCGGCGGCGGCCAGCAGAAUCUGCCCCAGAACCACAAGGCCCAGAGCCGCUCCGACGAGCACGGCCAGGAGCAGGAUCAGGCCCAUGACGAGGACCACGAGGAUGAGCAUGAGCAGGCCAGCAGCACCUCCAACCGCGUGGAGGUGCGUGUGCGGCCCGAGCAGGCCGACAACGAGGAGGAGACCCCCGCCGAGGUCAAGGAGAUCGAGCCCAUCGUGGUCAACGACGAGGAGGCCAAGCAUUAGUCAGUCACUAGUUAGCAUCGAACUCAUCAGCGCCGCUUGAACCUAUUUAUUGCUGCCUCAUCAUCAUCACUAAGAGCCAACCCCAGUCUGUCUGUCCCCCCAGUUGCCAUAAAGUGAAAGUCCGGGGGCAGGAGGGGAUCGGAUUGGAGCCACCACAGAUCUAAGCAAAGGAAAACCAUAUAAGUGAACACAAAGAGAACAAAGAAGCUAGGCAUGCGGGCGCGACGUUGCCCCGCCGCGUGAAAAGCGCCUUUUCAUGCUCGCAGUUCGUGUAUAAAAAUUAUUUAAAAUAACUAAUUAAUUUAUUAUAGCAUUGUAUUGUAUUUUAUGCUUUAAACAAUAAAUAAAUAUGUAUGUAAACGGAAAAACAGAGGCGAAGGCACUCGAGGAGGAAAGCUGCGCCAAGUGCAAGUCAUCCGAGAUGGCAGGUGGGACAGCCGGUCAAUGGCAAGCAAAAAGGCCCAAGGUGAGUGACCUGCGAACUGGCUGUCUUAGCCGACAAAGAGCUUCUCACGGAGCACUUGCCAGUAUCAGUGCUAAAAACAUAGUUAGUAUGGUAGUGAGGGGGUCUUAAUUAACCGAACAGAUCCACUACUUUUUUAACUUUUAUUAAUAUGCCUAUGGUUAGACUUUAGUAACUCAAGGAGUAUAUCUAACUUUCUUUGGGUUAAGUAAUAUUUAAACCCGUAU